AUGGCACCAGAGUGCUCGCCCCAGGCUGACAACAGUUUCGGCCCUGUGGUAGAUCAUCAGUGCCGUGAUGGCUUUGAUUUCACGCUAUUGUUCGAGCAAGUCAUAUUUGGCCUCGUUCCUGCGGUCGCAUUUCUCCUCGUGUGUCCUCUUCGAUUGCAAUUCCUGGUUAAGAGAGAUGUGCGGACUCAGCCUCACGUAAUGAGAUUAGCAAAGCUGAUAACUGCCUUGGUUUUCGCCGCAAUCCAACUUGCCCUGCUCAUCAGCUGGACAAAGAAAACGCAGCCAAUUACAAAGUUCUCCGUGGCAUCAAGUGCAAUAAACUUGGUAGUGGCAAUGGAAAUUGUGGUCUUGUCGUGGGUGGAAGAUGAGCGAUCCGUUAGACCGUCAUCACUCCUCGCCAUCUACCUUCUCUUCACACUACUCUUGGAUGUUGUGCAGACAAGGACUUUAUGGUUAUCUCACGGGAAUUCGCUGAUCCCUAGUCUCUUCACCGCAAGUGUCGCUGCGAAAACAGCAAUGGUGCUGUUCGAGAGCUUGGGGAAGCAGAGACACCUCAUCGGUUCCUAUCAAGAUCUUACACCGGAGUCGACGAGUGGAAUUGUCAAUCGAUCGUUCAUGUGGUGGCUAAACCGUCUGUUUGUCACGGGCUUUCACUCUUUGCUUACUACUAAGGAUCUUGAUCAUCUCGACAAGCCCCUGGAGUCCGCGGGAACGGCGCAGAAGGCAUUAAGAGCCUGGGCUCUACGCCAGAAUCCCGAGCGCCGCUUCGAAUUUCCAUGGCAAAUGGGCCUAGCGUUCAAGGGACCACUUGCUCUGAUAGUAGUUCCACGCCUAUUCUUGAUCGGAUUUACCUUCUCACAGCCCUUCUUGAUCGCAUCUGUUCUCAACUGGCUUGAUAACUCGUAUAGCGCGAGCAAUGCCGGCUACGGCCUUAUCGGCGCUACACUUCUAAUAUAUCUGGGAAUGGCCCUCUCGAACCUCAUAUACGACCAGAUGUUGUAUCGGUUUGUGACAAUAUUUCGAGGCGCAGCCUCGUCGAUGAUCUAUUCCCAUGCCUUAGACAUCCCCGAUGGCACCCUGGAGGAUCGUUCUGCCACAAUUACUCUAAUAACUACCGACAUUGACCGGAUCAUCGACUGUCUAAUUACUUUGAAUGAAUUCUGGGCGCGGACGAUUGAAGUGGCCAUUGGCAUUGCGCUACUCGCGCUUCGGUUAGGAUGGGUUUGCCUAAUGCCGUUAGUGAUCGUUCUCAUAUCUAGUGGAGGAGCUAUUUAUAUCUCGAAGCAUAUAGGAGGAUACCAGAAAAUAUGGGUGGAUGCCGUGCAGCAACGCAUAGCGAUCACCCGUUCGAUGCUAGUCGGUAUCCAAACAGUCAAGGGGACUGGGUUAGGUCAAACCUUUAUUCAGCUCGUACAGAAGAAAAGGGUCCAUGAGACCCAGCAGAUGGCCAAGUACCGAUGGAGUGUGGUCUGGAAGAAUAUGAUCCACAAUCUGCCUUGGGCCUUAGCACCAGCUUUGACCUUCGUCGUCUACGCUGCUCAAGGAAACGAACUGAAUGCUACCAAGGCGUUCAGCACGGCUGCGACAGGAUGCUUUGAUAGAGUACAAGCAUUUCUUCUGCUCGCAACCGGUCCUCAACACAAAGGGGAUGGCUUUGUUCGCACGAAGGAAACGAAAGUUGAUGCAUCGUCACAUAUCGUCGAAAUGCAGCACAUGACUUUCACGGGCUCACCAAACACUACCAACCUUCAAAUACCUGUCAUCUCCAUGAAACAUUUCAACAUUCGCCCAUUCCCAUCAGCAAAAAUUGUGUUGAGAGAUGUUAAUUUAGAAGUCCCUCUCGGGGCACUGGUCAUCAUCCAAGGGCCAGUUGGAUCAGGCAAAUCGACCUUGCUUCGGGCUAUACUUGGCCAAGCAGUUUGCGAGAGUGGAUCCAAGACAGUGAACAUACAACAACCGGCCUUCUGCGCGCAAACACCGUGGCUCCCAAGUGGAACCAUCCGCGAUGCAAUCUGCGGAACCUUCUCGGCGGGUCCAGUGAAAGAGGGUUCAUUUGAUAAAAACUGGUAUGCGGCUGUUCUUCAUGCAUGUGCUCUCAAUUCGGACCUGGAUCUGCUUCGCGAAGGAGACGCUACGCGAAUUGGACACGGAUCUGUCCAUGGACUGAGCGGUGGUCAAAUGCAUCGGGUCGCUCUUGCUCGAGCGGUAUACGCUCGCAGGCAGCUUUUGCUGUUAGACGACAUAUUCAGUGCACUGGACCGUAAAACCAAGACUACUAUCAUAGCACGUCUUUUCGGAGUUGAUGGACUGCUCCGAAAAGCAAAUUCCACAAUAUUUUUGGUGGCACAUGAGAUGGAGCAGCUGCCUUGUCCGGAUCGGAUUUAUGUUCUUUCAGACGGGCGUCUUCGCCAAGAAGAGCCCUGCGAGGGGAAUAUCUACCAAGAAAUGGGAUCCGACGCUGUGGAAGCUGAGGGGUCAACGGGAUUCCCAGAGCUGGCGACAGAGGAUAAAGCCACCAUGAUCUCAGAAGCGAAUGAGAUCGACGAUCUCAGGAGGUCAUCAGGGGACUCUGCUGUCUAUACGUAUUAUUUGCGCUACGUUGGGUGGACGAACGCUGUAAUAUUUAUCUUCUUCGUGACAAUGAAUGUCUUCGCUAGCACAUACAGUCAAAUCUGGCUUAAGCGAUGGGCUGAUCGUGGCGGAGGCCAAAAGGCACUCUAUGUCACGGUGUAUUUCUUCCUCGCCAUUUGCAACACUGUCGGAAAUGGUGGUUACGUUUGGGCUAUCCUCAUUCUGAUCUCGCCAUCAACAGCGCGCCGGCUUCAUUAUGUCGUACUGAAGACUGUCAUGAGGGCAACGCCUCAAUUUCUAGCCACCGUUGACAUCGGCUCAAUACUAAACCGAUUUAGCCAGGAUAUGACCCUGAUAGAAAGCGAUUUGCCUAUUGGCGUCUUAAUUACGGUCUCGAGUAAGGCCCCUGCCAUUCCACUCAACCCCGGGAAAGGCUUUCUAACAACUAUCGCUCCCCAAUUCUCGAUACUAUUGCUGAUGAAUCCAGAUCUCUUUUCAUCAAUUGCCACUGCUGCACUAAUUGCGACCGGAUCGAAGUACAUGGCAAUAUCUGUGCCUUUCCUGCUCAUCUCCCUCUUUCUCUUACAGCAUUUCUAUCUGAAGACAUCACGACAGCUUCGACUAUUGGACCUGGAAAGCAGAAGUCCAUUAUACUCCCAUCUUCUGGACACUGUCGAGGGUCUUGCUACAAUUCAGGCAUUUGGCUGGAAAGCAGACUUUCGAAUCGUCAAUUCAAAAUUGUUGGAUGUUACUCAGCGCACGUAUUAUAUGCUUAAUUGCAUUCAGCGCUGGCUUACCUUAGUCUUGGACCUCAUCGUCGCUGCCGAGGCGGUCAUUGUCGUCAGCUUGGCAGUGUCCUUAAGACAUACUACGAGUGUCGGAUUGCUUGGAGUAUCGCUCAAUAGCAUUCUCGGUCAGGGAGCUAUUGAGAUCUCGGGGAUGGCUGCGCAGUACAAUUCUGAAGCGACAGUACUGAGCAAUAUCUCUCUGAAAUGUUUGCCAGGUCAAAAAGUCGGUAAUUACGGACGUACUGGGAGUGGAAAGAGCUCUUUACUUUCGACUUUGUUGGGAAUGCUCGCCGUAACCAGCGGCUCAAUCAGUAUCGACGACAUUGACCUCGCUACUCUUCCCCCCGAUAAAGUCCGCGAAAGGCUUAUCACCAUUUCCCAAACACCAUUCAUCAUGAUUGGCUGCACAGUCAGGUUCAAUCUAGAUCCCACCGAAACCCUCCCUGACACAGACAUCAUCGCUGCUCUCGACCGAGUUGGGCUCUGGAAUGGUGUGCUACUCGAAAGGGGCGGGCUAGGCGCCGAGAUAAAUGAUAUUCUAUCGCUAUCUCGAGGCGAGCAACAACUGCUACAAUUUGCUCGUGCAAUGCUAAAAAUACAAGCAAGCAACGCUAGGAUCUUGUUGAUAGAUGAAGGCACCAGCAGCGUCGAUAUGGAAACUGACGCUCGUGUGCAAGACCUUCUGCAACAGGAUCCCUUUCGCACAUGCACAGUCCUUACGGUUGCACAUCGGGUCCACACUCUUUUGACUUAUGAUCUCAUUGUCGGUCUAGAUCGGGGGAAGAUAGUAGAGAUGGAUGAGCCGAUGGUUUUGAGUAAUCGGAAAGAUAGCAUCUUUAGCAGCUUUCUCAAGGCCGAUUCGCAGCCCCACCGUGUUGAUCGCCUCAACUCAGGUGAGGUAUCUCUUUCCUAUGGCUUGAUCGCCAAGCGCCGACUCGAAGAUGGAUAUAACGACCACCGAUACAUCCCUAUCACCGUCUUUUUGAUGUCGGAUUUCCAAGUUCGCAUCCUUCAGAUCUGGCACAACAAGCAGAACCCUAAGGCUCUCCAAGUCCGAUCGUCACCUAUCAUGGACUUUAAGGAUGGAGUGCAAAAUAACUUGGACGACUGGAUCACCAUUCUGUGUUGGAUGGCAGGAGAGCCAGUGGGAAAUACAAAAAACGGAAUCGAAGUUGUUCGAGUCAUUGAGCAUGAUGCAUAG